AUGUCGUCUGCUGGUGUACUUGCCCUUAGCCCUGUUCGGGAGGAGUCUUUGUCAAUUUCUCCUCCCUCCCCCAUGAAUAGUCAGGAGUCCAUUUGGAUAUACUUGUCCAUGUCUGGUUCAAUGAUCCCGAUGCGGGUCCUGGAAUCGGAUUCAAUCGAAUCUGUGAAACUGCGGAUCCAGUCCUAUAAAGGGUUUGUGGUGAAGAACCAAAAAUUGGUUUCUGGAGGCAGGGAGUUGGCACGGAGCAAUUCCCUCAUCCGUGACUAUGGUGUCACUGAUGGGAAUGUUCUACAUUUGGUGCUUCGCCUCUCAGAACUUCUGGUCAUUAAUGUAAGGACUUCUUGUGGGAAAGAAUUCACCUUUCACGUCGAAAGGAGUAGGGAUGUUGGUUACGUCAAGCGCCAAAUAGCUAAGAAGAAGAAGAAAAAUUUAGAGGAUAUUGAGGAUCAAGAAGUCUUGUGUAAUGGCAAGCCAGUUGAGGAUCAGAGGUUGAUACAUGAUGUUUGUAGGAAUAAUAAUGAUGCCGUCAUCCAUUUGUUUGUGAGGAAGUCUUCAAAGAUAAGGGCCAGACCAGUGGAGAAGAACUUUGAGUUGUCUAUUGAUGCACCACAACUGAAUGAUGUGAGAGGGAAUGCUAUGAAUAUGGAAAGUGAGUAUGGAAGUGAAUUGAAGAGUGGGAAUAAUCUGCAGGUUCCGAGGAAGCCUCUGGACAGAGAGAUUCUGUUGGAGCCUGUGAUUCUUAACCCGAAGAUUCAAUUGCCUCCAGAGAUCAGGAAUUUAAUUGCUUCUACAUUGGACGGGUUAAAUAAAGGUAGUUAUCCAGUCAGAUCUUCGGAGGGUACCGGGGGAGCAUAUUUUAUGAUGGAUGCAUUGAAGAAUAAAUAUUUAUCUAUCUUUAAGCCUCUUGAUGAGGAACCCAUGGCUGUCAAUAACCCUCGAGGGCUGCCCUUGUCUGAGGAUGGUGAAGGGUUAAAGAAGGGGACAAGAGUUGGUGAAGGUGCAUUCAGGGAGUGUGCUGUCUACCUAUUGGAUCAUCCAAAAUGUGGUCGGCGCUCAUUUUCUGGUGAAGUUUGGGGGUUCUCCGGGGUUCCUCCAACAGUUCUGGUUAGGUGCCUGCAUAGGGGGUUUUAUCAUCCUGAAGGUGUAAAUGUCAAGAUCGGGUCCUUGCAAAUGUUCAUGGAAAACAACGGAAGCUGUGAGGAUAUGGGUCCUACUGCUUUUCCAGCUGAGGAGGUGCACAAAAUUGCAGUCUUGGAUAUGAGGAUGGCAAAUGCAGAUAGGCAUGCUGGUAAUAUAUUGGUGAGCAAAGGUGAAGAUGGCCAGACUAUGCUAAUCCCAAUUGAUCAUGGCUACUGUUUGCCUGAGAGCUUCGAAGAUUGCACAUUUGACUGGCUCUACUGGCCACAAGCCCGCCUGCCAUUCAGCGAUGACACUGCCAACUACAUAAAGUCACUGGAUGCUGAAGAAGACAUUGCAUUGCUCAAGUUUUAUGGAUGGGAUGUACCGCUUGAAUGUGCUCGAGUGCUGCGUAUCUCCACAAUGCUUCUGAAGAAAGGUGCAGAAAAGAAGCUCACCCCAUUUGCCAUAGGCAAAAUCAUGUGCCGAGAAACCUUGAAUAAGGAAUCUGUGAUUGAGGAGAUAGUUAAAGCAGCUCUGGAUUCUGUGCUCCCUGGUUCAAGUGAAGCUGCAUUCCUUGAAUCUGUAUCCUGCAUCAUGGACCGUCAUUUGGAAGAUAUUGCGUAA